UUCAGGGCUGAUGUUACUUCCAGCUCUACUGAUGUUUAGAGAGGUGAGGGAGCAGUGACAUAUUCCUUUCCUGCAAUCACUACUUUUCGUAUGAUUCACUAGACAACAUAGAAGCUGCACAAGCUCUGCCGAAAAGAACACAGGGAAAGCGGUUGGGCUUCACGUCGUACAUAAUCCUCCUAGAACACAUAGGAAAAUAAGACGUUUCUUGGAUCAAGGCUUCAGAUCUGUGCCAACAUGCCAGACGGGGAUGUUCUGUAGCUGAAUAAUCAGUGUAAGACCAAUACUUCUCAAGAAAACCUUGGAGCUAACGAUGUGUCAUCUGUAACUCGGCUCCGAGCCGCACACUGCUAUUCAAAGCCAGCAGGCGCUCUCCGAAUAUUUCCUGCUAAACACAAACCGGACUGAGUCAAAACCCAUGUUUUGUUGAUUGAACACUCUGGGGACUUGUCAUACCAUGGAUUAUAGAUUUUCACGCUGUAGACAAUUUGGACCCAAUACCGAAGCUUUCUAAGAGAUCAUUUAAGACUUUUCCUACAACAAAAUGGUGGAACAGCCAAUUAAAGACAUCUUGGGCCCUCCGAAGGCUUCAGAUCCCAUGAUGAUGGAGAAACGCAAUGACUGUGUAAUUAUAACGGUUCCGAGAGUCAAUGAAAACCAGCUAACUGCAGCGACGGGUGGAGCUGAACUCUCUUGCUAUCGCUGCACAAUACCCUUUGGAGUGGUUAUUCUUAUAGUGGGCGUUGUUGUCACAGCAGUGGCUUAUAGCUUCAACUCUCACGGAUCAAUAAUCUCUGUUUUUGGGCUGGUCUUACUAUCUUUUGGAUUUCUGCUGGUCUGCUCGAGCGCUCUAUGCUGGAAAAUUCGACAACGGAAUAAAAGGGCAAAAAGGAGAGAGAGCCAGACAGCGCUGGUGGCAAAUCAAAGGAGUUUAUUUGCUUGAGCGUUGGAGGACAGCGAGAACAUUGGUGAGACUGAAUGUGCUUUAGUCAUUUGGACCAGCUGGAGGGGGGGUCUUGGAAACCUCCAUCUUCUUGGGAUUUUGCUCUUAUGAGACAGACGUGUUCAAGAGUGUAAAACGACUGAGGAGGCUUAUGUAAUGGAGAAUAUUGUCGUAAUAUUUGGUAUGAGUGAGGUUCAACAGAAUUCAGACAGUCAGUAUUUUAGUUUUUAUCCCAUAAAUUGUCCUUCCUGUGUAAUAUGUUCUUGCAAUAGAUAGUGAUAGUCAGCUACUUUGCCUAAGGCCAUUGUGCUCUGUAUGCGGACGGAGGUUUUGGAUACAUCAUGAGUGAGUGAGUGAGUGAGAGACUUGUAAAGCGCAACACAUGCAAACUGAAUCGCCUCUGGGCGCUGUAUCCAU